AUGGCAACUGCAACAAGAAAUGUAAAAUCAAUUGUUCCACUUCUUGACAGAAUACUUGUCCAACGUAUUAAAGCUCAACAGAAAACAGCUGCUGGAAUAUUGAUUCCUGAGAAAGCUUUAGAAGCUCUUAACGAAGGUCAAGUUAUUGCCACCGGUAAAGGUGCCUUAGAUAAGCAUGGAAAUCAUAUUCCAAAUCAAGUAAAACCUGGUGAUCGUGUUCUUCUUCCUUCAUACGGUGGAAGCACAAUAAAAGUUGGAGAUGAUGUAAUAUUGAGAAUUAAUUAA